CGCGCCGCGCCGCGGAGGAUGCUCGGGCCGUGAGCCCGCAGCCGGCAGCCCCGGCGCGGCGCAGCCAUGGGCAAGGACCAGGAGCUGGUGCAGGCGGUGAAGGCGGAGGACAUCGCGGCCGUGCAGAAGCUGCUGCAGAGGCCCAAGCCCGGCAAAGCCAAGCUCCUUGGAUCGGCAAAGAAAGUCAAUGUCAACUUCCAGGACACGGAUGGGUUCUCGGCUCUGCACCAUGCAGCACUUAACGGCAACACAGAGCUCAUCUCGCUGCUGCUGGAGGCACAGGCUGCCGUGGACAUCAAGGACAACAAAGGCAUGCGGCCCCUGCACUACGCGGCUUGGCAGGGCAAGAAGGAGCCCAUGAAGAUGGUGCUGAAGGCAGGCUCCUCUGUGAACAUCCCUUCGGACGAGGGACAGAUCCCCCUGCACCUGGCGGCACAGCACGGGCACUACGACGUGUCGGAGAUGCUCCUGCAGCACCAGUCCAACCCCUGCAUCAUGGACAACUCGGGGAAGACGCCCCUGGACCUGGCAUGCGAGUUUGGCCGGGUCGGGGUGGUCCAACUGCUCCUGAACAGCAACAUGUGCGCGGCUCUGCUGGAGCCCAAACCGGGGGACACCACCGACCCCAACGGCACCAGCCCCCUGCACCUGGCCGCCAAGAACGGCCACAUCGACAUCAUCCGGCUCCUGCUGCAGGCUGGCAUCGACAUCAACCGGCAGACCAAGGCGGGCACGGCGCUGCACGAGGCCGCUCUCUGCGGCAAAACGGACGUGGUGCGGCUGCUGCUGGAUAGCGGGAUCAACGCCCACGUCAGGAACACCUACAACCAGACGGCUCUGGACAUCGUCAACCAGUUCACCACCAGCCAGGCCAGCAAGGAGAUCAAGCAGAUGCUGCGGGACGCCUCCGCAGCUCUGCAGGUCCGGGCCAUCAAGGAUUAUUGCAACAACUACGACCUGACCAGCCUCAACGUGAAAGCCGGGGAUGUCAUCACCGUGCUGGAGCAGCACGCCGACGGGCGCUGGAAGGGCUGCAUCCACGACAACCGCACCGGCAACGACCGCGUGGGAUAUUUCCCCUCCAGCCUCGUGGAGGCCAUAAGCAAACGAACAGGUUCAUGGGAGACUGUAACAAUCCCCCAACACUUCCAAAAGAUCCCGCUCCCGGCUUACGGGGCUGCUGUGCUAAACGGUGACGCCUCGUCCCAUCCGUUCCAUUCCCUGCCUCCACCUCCACCUCCACCACCACAUUCCCAUCAGACUCUUUUCAGUUCCUUUGGCUAUCACAGGCUCUCCCCUAGCAGUGCCGACGAGCCGCGUUACGGACAAGGGUCCCGCGGGGCCGACAUGAGCCCGUCCCACCUGUCACCAUCGCAGGGCGGAUCGGCCACGCCCGCCCCCACCGAGGAGAUCUGGGUGCUGCGGAAACCCUUCGCAGGUGGUGACCGCAGCAGCCUGGGCAGCACGGGCAGCGUGGCCUCUGCGCGCAGCUCGGGGAGCGGGCAGAGCGCGGGCAGCGGGGCGCACGCCCUGCACGCCGGCUCCGAAGGUGUCAAGCUGCUGGCAACGGUCCUUUCCCAGAAGGCUUCUGCGCAAGAGUCUGCCGUGGGCGAUGGGCCGGCCAAGGCGCAGGACAUCCCCGCAGGUUCGUCGCGGUCGCAGAGCGUGGCCAGCUCCCCCUACGCCCCCCAGCCCCCCGCCGAGCCCCAGCUGAAGAAAAUGGAGCCACCAUCAGAGGGGAAGAGCUCGGAGGCCGUGUACCAGUGGCUCUGCAAGUUCCAGCUGCAGCUCUACGCACCCAACUUCAUCAACGCCGGCUACGACAUCACCACCAUCAGCCGGAUGACGCCGGAGGACCUCACGGCCAUCGGGGUCACCAAGCCGGGGCACAGGAAGAAGAUCGCCUCCGAGAUCAACAACCUCAACAUCCCCGAGUGGCUGCCCGAGUACAAACCGGCCAACCUGGCGCUGUGGCUCUCCAUGAUCGGCCUGUCCCAGUACUACAAGGUGCUGGUGGAGAAUGGCUACGAGAACAUCGACUUCAUCACCGACAUCACCUGGGAGGACCUGCAGGAGAUCGGCAUCACCAAGCUGGGCCACCAGAAGAAGCUGAUGCUGGCGGUGAAGAAGCUGGCGGAGCUGCAGCGAGCCGAGCUGGGCAAGUACGAGCCGGGCACGCUGAAGAGGAAGGCGUCGGGGCCGUGCCCAGAGGUGCUGACCAUCGAGUCCCCCCCGCCGGAGCCGCCCGAGUGCCAGUCGCCCAAGAUGACCACGUUCCAGGACAGCGAGCUCAGCAGCGAGCUGCAGGUGGCCAUGACGGGCGAUGGCCCCGAGGAGCCCCCCGAGAAGGCGGCGAACCCCCCGGCCCCCGGUUACCGCUCGCCACCGGCGCUGGGCGGCCGCGCCCGGCUCAUGAGCAGCUCGCAGGAGCUGCUGGGGGACGGCCCGCGGGGCCCCCCCGCCGCUGCCAUCUCCAAGAGCCAGGAGUACCUGGCCGAGGGGGCCGGGGAGAGCCCCCCUGCGCCGCCCAAGGAGAGCCGCCCGCCCCGGCACGGCCACCCCGUGAAGCGUGCCAGCGUGCCCCCGGUGCCCGGCAAGCCUCGACAGCCCUUCCCAGCCUCCGCCGGGCAGCUGACACCACCGCAGACCCCCGGCAAGGCACGACCCUCGUCCCCACAAGGCCCGGCGGCUCCUCACGCCACCGCCAAGGUGAAGCCCACCCCGCAGCUGCUGCCGCCCGGCGAGCGCCCGGCAUCGCCCCGCUCCCUGCCCCAGUCGCCCACGCACCGCGGCUUCGCCUAUGUCCUGCCGCAGCCCUCCGAGGGCGAGGCGGCUCCCGCGGGGGUGCCCGUCCUGCCCGUCUCGGUGCCCGUGCUGUGCCUGCCGCCGGCGGGCGAGGGCGAGGAGGAGCCGGGCAGGCCGAAGAAGCGGGCGCACAGCCUGAACCGCUACGCGGCCUCCGACAGCGAGCAGGAGCGGGACGAGCUGCUGGUGCCGGACGCGGGGCCCUACGCCACCGUCCAGCGCCGCGUGGGCCGCAGCCACUCGGUGCGGGCACCCGCCGGUGGCGACAAGAACGUCAACCGCAGCCAGUCCUUCGCCGUGCGCCCCAAGAAGAAGGGACCCCCGCCGCCCCCUCCCAAGCGCUCCAGCUCUGCCAUCUCCAGCGCCGGCAUGGCCGAGGACUAUCCCAAGGAGGGUGAGGGCGAGGCGGCCCCGAGCGCCGAGGGCGAGAACCGCCGUGAGCAGCGGCGGGCGAGCGACCUGGGCGGCAGCGUGGACACGGGCAGCGCCGGCAGCGUGCGCAGCAUCGCGGCCAUGCUGGAGAUGUCCUCCAUCGGCGGCGGGGCCCGAGCGCUGGCGCUGCAGAAGCCACACGUGGCAGCCGGGCCGGGGCCAGCACCGGCCAAGGUGCCCGAUGGCUACUACCUACAGCCCGGGCCUCCCCCGGGCAGCCCCGACCGCGCCCGCGUGGCCACCGUCCUGGCCACCGUGAAGCAUAAGGAGGCCAUCGGGCUGGACGGGGAGGUGGUGAACCGGCGCCGGACCAUCAGCGGCCCGGUCACCGGGCUGGUGGCAGCCGCCCGCCGUGAGCGCACCGACAGCGUGCGGUCGGAGGCGGCCGCCGACGGCCCCGGCGAGCGGCUGCGGGUGGAACGCGGCGGCUCCCCCGACGGCAUCCCCUUCGCCGAGGACGGAACCCUCACCAUCAAGCAGCGGCCGCGGCCCCUGGGACCGGCCCGGGGGGAGACGGGCGAGGGGCUGUCCCCAGCCCAUCGCCACGGGGACCUGGCCAAGGUGGAGGCCAGCGCCACGCUCAAGCGGCGGAUCCGGGCCAGGCAGAGCCAGCAGGACGGCGUCCGCUUCGUCCUCACCGAGUCCGACACCGUCAAGCGCCGGCCCAAAGCCAAGGACAAGGAGGCGGCGCUGGAGCCGGCCACGCUCGCCGUGUACCAGAACGGCACCGGCACCGUGAAGCGGCGGCCGGCCUCGGAGCUGAGCGGGGCUGAGCCGCCUCCCACCCCGCCGCUCGCCGCCCGCCCCGACGGCCCCGAGUUCGUCCCGCCGCCCGCCGAGCCCAAGAAGCCCUUCAAGCCGCCGGUGUCCCCCAAGCCUGUGCUGACGCAGCCGCCUCAGAAGAUGCCUGGACCGCCGGUGCCCGUCCCCAAAAAGGUGCCCAUCCCAAGCCCCGGUAGCCCAGAGGUGAAGCGGGUCCAUGGCACGCCGCCCCCGGUGUCCCCCAAGCCCACGCCGCCCCCCACGGCGCCCAAGCCCCCCAAGCCCCACGCCGCCAUCCAGUCGGUGAGCGCCAGCUCCACGCCCGCCCCGUCGCCAGCCCGGCAGCUGAGCCCCGCGGCCAAACCCUCCAGCACGCCGCCCUCGCUCUGCUCCAGCCCCGCCAAGCCCCUGUCGCCCGGAGCGCAGCCCCAGCAGGUGCCGGUGAAGCCGCCCCGCUCCACCAUCGCCAGCCCGUCCGUCGACAGCGCCGGGCCCGAGCUGGCGCAGCAGAAGCUGGAGGAGACCAGCGCGUCCCUGGCCGCAGCGCUGCAGGCUGUGGAGGAGAAGAUCAAGCAGGAGGACAGUCAGGCGGCAGACUCGGCCGUGGAGUCGAAGAGCACCGUGAGCAUCCUGGACGACAUCGGCAGCAUGUUCGACGACCUGGCGGACCAGCUGGAUGCCAUGCUGGAGUGAGGGGCGCCAGAGCCCCGAGAACCUCAGGGCUUACGUGGGCACAAGGGCACAACGAUCCACGACCCCCCGGCCCCGCCGCCCUCCCCCCGUCCCCUUUGUACAGCCGUCCCCUCCCGGACAUCCCGUCCCUCGGGGUUUGCACAAAGAAGAAGAUACCUCAGGAUUGUGCUCACGGACUCGGCGCCGGCUCCGGCAGGACUCCCUUUUGCAGAAGCAAAAAAAAAACAAAACAAAAA